UUUCUUCUUCCUUUCUUUCUCUAGCCACCUAUUAUAUACUAACAUAUCCUAUGCCUAAUGUCACAUUCAUCUCAAAUACUAAAACUAACAUAUACUUAGCAACAUAUAAAUAAAAUCAAACCACACAAAGACGAGGCACUAACCGCCGUGGCUAGUGCCAUACAUCCCUCCCCAACACAACACCCUCAUUUUGCAACCAUCCAAAAGGCAAAAGGCAUAGAGAAUCGUGUUGGAGAGAGGUGUGUCAAUAUUGGGAAUCCUAUAAACCACUGUCCCAAUCUUCACAACGUUAUCUGCUUGUAACUUUGGCCAUGCCCCCCCUCUCCCUACCUACAAAUUUCAUUUCAAACUAACACCACACAUUAACUUGUUUUUAAACCAUACCCCCUCUUUACCUUAAUUAUUAGUAUUUCACAAAGCAAAAACACACCGCUAGAAUCUCUCAACAAAAAAAAAAAAAAAAAAUUUCCAUGAUCUGAAGUACCUACCUACCCACCCAUCAUCACUUUUUUCAUUAAUUCUUCUUCUAUAUCUCUCUCUCUCUCUCUCUCUCUCACUCACUCACUUUCUCAUCCCCCAUAUAUGGCUGCUUGUGCUUUGUUCAGUGCUGGCGGUAACAUUACCGAAGAUGGCAAUGUUAAUGGAAGUGGAAGUGCUUCUAGUACUCCUUUGACAAGUGCCUCUAACUCUAGCAGCAUGAGCAACGAAGAAAAAAAACACAACCUACAUGGUGGUGGCAUCAUGCCACAGCCUCAUUGUGAAAGAAAAAUGGUGAGAAAAAGAAUGGCUUCUGAGAUGGAAGUUAACGUUCACGCAACUCCACCACACAACUCUUCCUCCACAACAAGUGAUUAUAUUAGGUUUCCUCGUCGAAGCAGCACCAACAUGAACAUGUUAGAAAAAGGGUCCACCAGUACCACCACAGCAACAACAACAACAUUAGCCGAAGGUACAUGUAAUAAUAAUAAUAAUAAUAAUAAUAGUAAUUGUAGUAGCUAUCAUUAUAAUAAUAGUAACAAUAGUAAUAGUGGUAAUAUUUCAUCAAGAGAUAACGUUGCUAUUCCAAAUUACCCCACUGUGACGGUCACAACCAACUACUCCACUAUGUUGCUACCUUCAUCCACCACCACCACUAUCAAUUCCUCUGGUGUUGCUCCAAACUACAUCACUCACCACCAACACCAUCAUUUCCAAGGACUCGUUGAAAGCCAGGACCAUCAGCAAAACCCUGUGCCUGCAGUUUGUGGAUUCUCAGGGUUACCACUUUUUCCAUCUCAAAGCCAAAGAAACCGAGACAGCAACAACACCCCCACCACCAACAACAUAAGAAACAGUGGUGGAAAUAUUGUUGACGUGGUUGCUUCUUCUUCUUCUUCUUCUUCCAUGGAUGACACUUCAGCAGCAGCAGCAACAAGUGGUUGGAUCGAUGGUAUAUUGAAGGAUCUCAUUCACAGUUCCAACAGUGUUUCGAUUCCUCAACUAAUCAGCAACGUGAGGGAGAUCAUAUACCCUUGCAACCCCAACCUUGCAAUGGUUCUUGAAUACAGGUUGCGUCUUCUUCUCACUGAGUCUACAACACAAAACAAAAGAGGCACAGAAGGGGUGCCUCUUCCUCCUUCUGUUUCCUCAGUGAAGCUCACGAGCAACCGUGUUGUCGAUGGCAUUGUUCCUAAUUUGCACUUCACAGAUGCUUCAGGUGGUGCUGUGGUUGUGAAUCAGCACAUGUUGUCCAAUUGGGGUGUGCCUCAAAUCACUCAUCACCAUGAUAACAACACCAACACCAACACCAACACCAACAAUAGCAACAACCCUUCAGUUUCUUUGGUUACUUUGCCUUCACCAACACCGCCGCUACCACCACCUCAUUAUUCACCACCACAAGAAAAGCACCCUCAAGAAGAGGAUCUAGCAGCAACCAGCACGGCUGAGGUGGCACUUUCAAGAAAGAAGAAAGAGGAGCUGCGUGAACAGAAGAAGAAAGACGAAGAGGGUUUGCAUCUUCUCACUUUGCUGCUUCAGUGUGCAGAAGCGGUUUCAUCUGAGAAUCUAGAAGAUGCCAACAAGAUGCUGCUGGAGAUUUCUCAGUUGUCAACACCCUUCGGCACUUCAGCACAGCGUGUGGCAGCAUAUUUCUCAGAAGCCAUAUCAGCAAGGUUGGUGAGUUCAUGCUUAGGGAUAUAUGCCACUUUGCCACACACUCACCAAAGCCACAAGGUGGCUUCGGCUUUUCAAGUGUUCAAUGGUAUUAGUCCUUUCGUGAAGUUCUCACACUUCACAGCAAACCAAGCUAUUCAAGAAGCUUUCGAGAGGGAAGAGAGGGUGCACAUCAUAGAUCUUGACAUAAUGCAAGGGUUGCAGUGGCCUGGUUUGUUUCACAUUCUAGCUUCAAGACCUGGUGGAGCACCUUAUGUGAGGCUCACAGGGCUUGGUACCUCUAUGGAAGCACUUGAAGCCACGGGAAAACGCUUGUCUGAUUUUGCAAACAAACUUGGCCUUCCCUUUGAGUUCUUCCCUGUGGCUGAGAAAGUUGGGAACCUUGACCCUGAGAGGCUCAAUGUUUGCAAAACCGAAGCUGUUGCUGUUCACUGGUUGCAACAUUCCCUCUAUGAUGUCACUGGCUCAGACACCAACACCUUGUGGCUCUUGCAGAGGCUGGCACCUAAAGUGGUGACUGUGGUGGAGCAGGACCUAAGCAACACUGGUUCAUUCUUGGGGAGGUUUGUGGAAGCCAUACACUACUACUCAGCAUUAUUUGACUCUCUUGGGUCAAGCUAUGGGGAGGAGAGUGAGGAGAGGCAUGUGGUGGAACAGCAACUAUUGUCUAGGGAGAUUCGAAAUGUGCUAGCUGUUGGGGGGCCAUCAAGGACUGGAGAGCCAAAGUUUCAUAACUGGAGGGAAAAGCUUCAACAGUGUGGGUUUAGAGGCAUAUCUCUAGCUGGUAAUGCUGCCACACAAGCUAGUCUACUCCUUGGUAUGUUCCCAUCUGAGGGCUAUACCUUGGUGGAGGACAAUGGCAUUCUUAAACUUGGUUGGAAGGACCUUUGCUUGCUCACUGCUUCAGCUUGGAGACCACCCUUCCAUAGUGCCAUUACCCAUCACAACUAGGCUUUUGUGUUGGCCUUUUUCAUCAUCAUCUCAUUAUUCUAAUCAUGUGUAGCAUCCACCCCCUCUUUGUUACUUAAUUUAGAGAGAGAUUGUUAAGGUGAUCCCAUAGCACGUGAUUUUUCUUGCCUAAUGUGUACCACUUCAGCAGUAACAUAUUAAAAAGAAGAUAUAGUUAAAAAUAGGAAACAGUGAUAUGACCAAAUGGUUGAAGGGGUACCCCACUUAUUGACAUAAUGCAAGAAAGUUCUCUUGCUCGGGGAGCACUUGGGAGUUUUUCUAAUAGUAUUUUAUUAAGAGAACUUAUAAGGAUGUUACUUUUAUAUUCUGAUUUUUAAUGGUUACCCUUAAAAGGAUGUUACUUUAUAUUC